AUGGCCUUCAGAUCUUCCUCGGUGGGGGAUCUUAUCUCCUCCAACGAGUCGGGUCACCAAGAACGCUCUUCUGGUGAGUCCGUUGUGGGGGGAAGUUGUUUGUGCAAGGAUGUUCAUGAUUCCGUAGCUGGCCCCGUUGGUCAUGUUGAUGCAGCGGGGGUCACUGGGCACUUUGAGCCCGAACUGGCGGGUGUUCCAAUCGGCAAUGGCCGUACGGACCUCGAGAUUGCCCAGAUCACAGCCGUACUGCAGUGGGUGCCUGUUGAGCACGUCAUCGUAGUGGUUUUCGUCCAGAAUCACCCGCUCAUAAACGGUAUGGGUGGCAUCGAGCACCUGCUUGGCGGGGAGCAGCUCCGCAGAUGGGUGGCCGCGGAAGAAGUUGUAGAAGAACGCGAAGUACAUGGAGAUCAGCCGGCCUUUGGCGUUGGAGAACGGAAGCGUGUACAGCAAGAUGGUUGCAACCAGGGCCGGAAUCAGGUUUCCGAUCAUGACCAGACCUCUGGCCUUGGAGUUGGGCCAUUUUCUCUCGAUGAAGUAGAUCAUGAACGUGGUCAUCCAAGAAGAAGCCGUCUGCAUCACUCCGUUGACGGUUCCGAGCAAAGCAGAGUAUCUGGACGACCAACCCAGUCCUUUCACGAUAAGCGGCGAGAAGUUGGUAAGACCACCGUUAGGAAUGGAAAUAAAGAUCUGGAACCAGAACAUGGCCCACACCUUUGGGUCCAGCAACGCUUCUCUGAACUGGCUCCAUUUCCAGUGCUCCGACUUGAUACCUGUUUGGUUCUUUUUCACCUGAUGGAUAAUGAUGGCCUUUUCCUUCUCAGAAAGCCAGAAACAGUUGACUGGACUGCUUGGAAGCAGGAAAUAGAUAAUUAUUCCCCAAGCGAUGGACAUUCCGCCGGUAAUCCAGUAGAAAGACCGCCAUGGCUGGAACCAGUGCUCCUUGUAGCCUCCAACAGCAUACCCAAUAGGACCCGUGAAGAUCGUGGAGAGUCCCGUCUGUACUCGUCACCUUUUAGGUGGAGGUCAGUUUUAAGACCGUACAACGCAGCCGUCGAGGAAGUGACCUUAUCCAUAGCAGCAAUUGAAACAUUUAGCCACAAGAAUGGCACCAGGUUUAAGUCGACCUUAAGUUUGGCCCAUUUGAGCUCCUUCUUGGUGUACCCGUCCUUAAUCAGAUGGAUGUAUUUGGCUCCAAUAUCGUCCGUGUCCUCGUCGAUAAGUUCGACUUUUGUCUCCUCGAAUGAAGCCAUGCUUGCCUCUCUGAGACUCACUGUCUCGUUCUUCUUUUCGGUCAUUGGUUUCGUUGUCAACCCGACACCAGCGCGGUCUUAUAUUUUCGGUUGUUAUCUUGCACGGGAAGUUAUCGCACCUGUGGUAUCGGGAUCUCGAGGAUUAUCGCGAUAA